AUGACCCAUAAGUCACCAGUGACCCACAAGUCACCAAUGACCCACAAGUCACCAAUGACCCACAAGUCACCAAUGACCCACAAGUCACCAAUGACCCACAAGUCACUCAUCACCUACAAGUCACUAAUAACCCACAAGUCACUAAUAACCCACAAGUCACUAAUGACCCACAAGUUACUAAUGAUCCAUAAGUUACUAAUGAUCCACAAGUUACUAAUGAUCCACAAGUCACCAAUGACCCACAAGUCACCAAUGACCCACAAGUCACCAAUGACCCACAAGUCACCAAUGACCCACAAGUCACCAAUGACCCACAAGUCACCAAUGACCCACAAGUCACCAAUGACCCACAAGUCACCAAUGACCCACAAGUCACCAAUGACCCACAAGUCACCAAUGACCCACAAGUCACCAAUGACCCACAAGUCACCAAUGACCCACAAGUCACCAAUGACCCACAAGUCACCAAUGACCCACAAGUCACCAAUGACCCACAAGUCACCAAUGACCCACAAGUCACCAAUGACCCACAAGUCACCAAUGACCCACAAGUCACCAAUGACCCACAAGUCACCAAUGACCCACAAGUCACCAAUGACUCACAAGUCACUCAUCACCUACAAGUCACUCAUCACCUACAAGUCACUCAUCACCUACAAGUCACUCAUCACCUACAAGUCACUCAUAACUCACAAGUCACUCAUCACUCACAAGUCACUAAUAACCCACAAGUCACCAAUGAUCCAUAAGUUACUAAUGAUCCACAAGUCACCAAUCACCCACAAGUCACUAAUCACCCACAAGUCACCAAUGACCCACAAAUCACCAAUGAUCCACAAGUCACCAAUCAUCCACAACAAGGGCGCCGGACUGGCGGCCAGUGCUGAAGUGUCGGUCGAGCGAGCGUUUCGCAAGCCGCGUCCACGGCGGGUGGACUACACUUCCGCGCCGACGCCGACUGCUGGCGUGGCUGGCCGGGGACGAGUGGGGGCGGACGGAGCACUGCAGCGGCGGCGGGGCGGGGGCGGGCAGCAGCUGGUCCGCGGCCGGAAGCGCGGGCCGCCCCGCCGCCAGCUGUCGUAA